CAGCCCUGCGUCAGAGCGAGACUUCCCAGCUCCGCACACUCCCUCGCCCCCGUACUCCUCCUGCAGCACCCGGCGGGCGGGCAGCGCCCGCCGCCCCGUCCCGCCGCCGCGGCGCGGACAGUGCCUCCGAAGUCCCCACGCACACCCGCCCUCCUCUCCAUGCCCCGGCCCCGGGGGGGCGGCGGCGGCGAGCUUCUGUGCCUCCGCGGGCGCGGCUACCACGCCGGGGGCGGUGCAACCCCGGCCCCCGGGGCGUGAAGGCGGGCGGGGGGCGCAGGGUAGGAGGCGAGGGGUCGGCAGCGGCCCGGGGCGCGGCGUCGGGGCUCCACCGCCCCGCCGGGUGGAUGCCAAGUGCUGCCCCGCCGGCCGCAGCCGCGCCGCCGUCGCGGGACCCAGCCAGCAGGAGAGAAAGGCCGGCGGCGGCCCCACAGCGCGGCGCCCGCCGGCUCGACAGCACCAUGAAGGCGGCGGAGGAAGAACACUAUAAUUAUACAUCUUCAAAUGUAAAUGCUGGCUUGCCUCUGAAUGUGGCACAUUCCUCAUUGUCAACUCCAUGUCAUGGCCUUCAGACAUCAAAUCCCGUCAUUUCAGUAGUCCCAUCAACUAACCAUCCUUCCGGUUAUGGAGGACACAUGGACAGCGGGCCCUCCGAGUAUUACCUGCCUCCAAACAUUAGACCUAAUGGAGCUCCAGCACUGGAGAGCCCUAGAAUUGAGAUCACUUCUUACAUGGGACUUCAUCAUAACAACAACCAGUUUUUCCAUGAUGAGGUUGAGGAAGCCAUCCCAAAUGCCAAGCGGUCACCUUCCACUGCCACUUUGAACUUACCAAACAUCGAGGCGUACAGAGACCCAUCCUGUCUGAGCCCAGCAAGUAGCUUGUCUUCCAGAAGCUGCAACUCUGAAGCGUCUUCCUACGAGUCUAACUACUCGUAUCCAUACACUUCACCCCAGACCUCUCCAUGGCAGUCCCCAUGUGUCUCUCCAAAGACCACCGACACAGAGGAAGGCUACCAACGCAGCAUGGUGGCCUGCACUUUGCUCAGCUCCCCAAGGCACUCUCCAUCAACGUCUCCCAGGACGAGCAUCACGGAGGAGAACUGGCUGGGGGCUCACAGCUCCAGGCCUCCGUCUCCUUGCAACAAGAGAAAGUACAGCCUCAAUGACCGGCAGACCUCCUACUCCCCGCACCACUCCCCCACGCCCUCUCCGCAAAACUCGCCGCGGGUGAGUGUCACGGAUGAGACAUGGCUGGGGAACACCAACCAGUACACCAGCUCUGCCAUUGUCGCUGCCAUCAAUGCCCUCACCACUGACAGCACCAUAGAUAUGAACGAUGGAAUUCCCAUCAAAUCGAGGAAGACCGCCAUUGACCACACCCCAUCCAUGACUCUCAAAACUGAACCAGCUGGCGAGGAUCACAGGACCAUAUCACCAACUGCCGAUUUGUCACCGGAAGACUUCUCCAGUUUUCAGCACAUUAGGAAAGGAAACUUCUGCGAGCAGUACCUGUCCGUGCCACAGCAUCCCUACCAGUGGGCCAAACCAAAGUCUCUGUCUCCGACAUCCUACAUGAGCCCAUCCCUGCCUGCCCUUGAUUGGCAGCUGCCAUCUCACUCAGGACCUUAUGAACUGCGGAUUGAAGUGCAGCCGAAAUCCCACCACCGAGCUCAUUACGAGACAGAAGGCAGUCGAGGGGCUGUGAAGGCAUCUGCGGGGGGCCACCCUAUUGUGCAGCUACAUGGUUACUUAGAAAGCGAGCCGCUUACGCUACAGCUGUUCAUUGGGACUGCAGACGACCGCCUGCUGCGACCCCAUGCCUUCUACCAGGUUCAUCGGAUCACCGGGAAGACUGUUUCCACCACCAGCCAUGAAACGAUACUUUCCAACACCAAAGUCCUGGAAAUUCCACUUCUUCCAGAGAACAACAUGAGAGCAAUCAUCGACUGUGCUGGGAUAUUAAAGCUCCGAAACUCUGACAUUGAGCUGCGCAAGGGAGAGACAGACAUCGGUCGGAAGAACACGCGCGUGCGACUGGUCUUCAGGGUUCAUAUCCCGCAGGCCAAUGGCAGGACCCUCUCCUUGCAAGUAGCCUCCAACCCUAUCGAGUGCUCUCAGAGAUCUGCCCAAGAACUGCCUCUGGUGGAGAAGCAAAGUACUGACAGCUUUCCUGUUACUGGAGGGAAAAAAAUGAUACUGACUGGCCAUAACUUUCUGCAAGACUCUAAAGUAAUCUUUGUGGAGAAAGCACCAGAUGGUCACCAUGUGUGGGAAAUGGAAGCCAAAACCGACAAAGAAAUGUGCAAGCCAAAUUCGUUGGUGGUUGAGAUACCACCUUUCCGCAAUCAGAGAAUUACCAGCCCUGUUCAGGUCAACUUCUACGUCUGCAACGGAAAGAGAAAGAGAAGCCAGUACCAGUUUUUCACCUAUCUUCCUGCUAAUGUUCCAAUUAUAAAAACAGAACCCACAGAUGACUAUGAGCCUGCCCAAACCUGUGGACCAAUGAACCAAGGCUUAAGCCCUCUCUCUAAACCAUACUACAGCCAGCAGAUCAUGAUGCCGCCUGAUCCUGGUUCCUGCCUCGUGGCUGGCUUUUCCUCCUGUCAGCAGAGAAAUGCUGUGAUGUCACCCUCUCCCAAUGCAAGCCCCAAGCUGCACGACCUUUCGUCCUCUCCUUACAAGUGCAUUCCCAACCCAGGCCACAGUCACCUCGGACUUCAGCAGCCCGCUGGAGGUGUCGCCACCAUACAGGAAGUGCCAAGGUCUAUAGUUGUGCACCCAAGCUCCCCCGAGCAAUCAUCUCACAUCAUGCUGCAGCCGCAGGUGAGUCAACAUCUGAGCAGUAGCUGUCCCCUUGGUUAUCAACAAACACUCUAUCCCAACAGUCCCUCUUCUCCAGUUCCAUCUGUUACCCAAGAGCCAACCUAUUUGCAGUCCUGCAGUCCAACUCACUCAUCCAUAAUGGGUCAACAGCAGCAGCAACUGCCGAAGGUUCACAGAAAUGAGUCUCCAACAACCCAACCACUGUCAUUGCCAGAGUUGCAUGAGGAAAGUAAUCAUAAUUUGGCCCCUAUUCCUGUAACGAUCAAGCGAGAACCUGAGGAAUUGGACCAGAUGUACCUGGAUGAUGUAAAUGAAAUUAUAAGAAAUGACCUUUCCAGUACCAAUGUCCAUUCAUAGCUUUCAGUAUGGGCCUACUAUGAAAUCCACACAUGCUUUUGACUUAGCUGGCAUGUCAGCCCAAUUAGAGAGAUACCGAAUAAACUGAAGACGUUGCCUGGUACCACUCUGAUCUUCCACCUUACUGAAUGUCAGGAACUGAAGAUUUACCUCUUGCUUACAAAGAAGUAGCUCCUCAACGUCAACUGGUGAAACAGCUUCUUAAAAGAAAAUCAUCUCAAAAGAAAGGGGAGAGAGUAUGCUCCAAGACGGCGAAUUUAAUGGGACAAAACUAGGAAAUUCAGCAAAAUCUGAGUGCUUCUUUCCAGUGCUGAACUUUUUGGCAUGGCACCGCUGGAAUACAGCCCUGUAAGUGCCUUAUUAUACCAGGUUGUGGCAUCAGGGCAUUUUUAAUAAGCUUUGAACUUGCUACCAUUACAAGUGUUGGUAGAUGUAGAGACUAUAGAGCUUGCAUUCUGGAGUGUGAUAUUGGAAAAAAAGUAUAGGACUCUGCAGCAAAGUAGGGGAGAGUAAUCCCUACUCCAGUGAGGUGCGUUUAUGAAUUCCAGAAUUUCUUCCGCUUUUCCUCUGCUGUAAUGUACAGCCUAUUGCCUUAUUCUCAGUGCAUUUCAAAAGCCUCCUGAUUUGUCAUCAUCUCAGCAUUCUUUUGCGUAUUGUCUGUAUUAUGUGCUAAGGAAUCAUAGGGUUGUUAGUAGUAGCAUGUUAAGAUUUUGAUUUUAAUCCAGCUUCAGUCAUAGCACAAGUGAGUUGAAUAGCACAAAAUAAAAAAAAAGGUUGAUGGACAAAAAAUCGAAAUCUAUCUAUUACAAGAUAGAUGAAUGUGUAUGCAUGUACAUACAUACUAGUAUAUAUGCAUAUAUUUAUAUAUGACAAAUAAUAUAGAUGAUUGCCUAGUGAGGGCACUGAAUUUAGCAAUAAUUUCAAUUUCUGAGAAUGCAUUUCAGAUCCACAACAAAUAUUUCAGCUACUUCUUUUGAGGGUUUGUUGCAUCUGAAGCAGGUAUGCAUUUUCUUUCUUCAUGCAGUUAAGCAAGCACUUUAGAUAGGCAAGAAGGAUGCAUACAAGAUACAUGUUAUUUACCAAAUGACAAAAUAAGAGUUAUAGUAACUGUAAAUACCAUUAUGGAAGAGUGUAAAAUAUUUGUUCAGUUAUAAUGUUAUUAUU